AUGGCAUAUAAGCAUUUCAGCCACCAUCACAGCUUGAGUUUCCAGCAGCUGCAACAAGCUGGUGCACCAGAAAUCCAAUGUUCAGGGUGCAAGACAUCGGGUUCGGGUUCACUCUACAUCUGCUGGCAAUGCAGCUUCUUCCUCCACGAACAAUGCUUUCGCGCAAGCCGGUCCAUGGAACACCCUUCUCAUCCAUCCCACCCUCUCACUCUUGUCCCCUAUCCAACUUACCCCUCUGGUUCCUUCAUUUGCAAUUCCUGCAACCAAACUGGAACUGGCUUUUCCUACACUUGUGCAAACUGUGAGUUUGACAUCCAUGUCCAUUGUGCUUACAAACCCCAAACCACCACCCAUGAAUCAUACCCUUAUGUUCAUAACCUACAUCACUCUCUCCCCAACCAAACACCGGGUUUCUACGCCCCAUACAUGCCCCAAACUGCCACACAUGCCUCAUACUCCGUUGCUCCUAACCUAAAUCACUCUCUUCCCAAUUCAACACCCCCUUUCAGUGCCCAAUAUUCUCACAUGCCUCAAAGUAAUGACACCCAUGAACCAUAUCCUAAUGUUCCUAACCAAGACAACAGUUUCAAUGCUCAAUAUCCUCAAAUGCCACAAAGUGACAUCCAUGAACCAUAUCCUAAUAUUCCCAACACAAAUCACUCUCCCCCUAUUGGGACACCUAGUUUCAAUGUUCAAUAUUCUCAUAUGCCACAAAGUGACACCCAAAAACCAUAUCCUAACAUUCCUAACACGAAUCACUCUCCCCCUAUCGCGACACCUAGUUUCAAUGCUCAAUAUUCUCAAAUGCCACAAAGUGACACGCAACAACCUUAUCCUAAUGUUCCUAACCUAAAUCAAUCUCAUCCUGUCGAAAAGCCCAGUUUCAAUUCUCAAUGUUCUCAUAUGCCACAAGGUGGAACCCAUGAACCCUAUCCUAAUGUUCCCAACCUAAACCAUUCUCACCCCAUUGAAACACCUAGUUUCAACGCCCAAUACUCUUACAAGCCCGAAACUGCAACUCAUGAAUCUGUUCUAAGUGGUCCUAGCCAACAACACUCUGUUCCAAACGAAACAAAGCCGACUUCUAAUACAAAAGUUUCAAAGGUGAAGCAUCUGCAUUUCAGUCACCAACAUGGCCUGCAACUAUCUGAAAUACAAGAAAAAGAUGGGAUUGUUUGCUCUGGUUGUGAGCAAGACCUUUCGGGCUCGGCUUACAAUUGUGCCAAGUCCAACUGCAACUUCUACCUCCACAAGUCAUGUUUUGAAUUGCCUAAGCAGAUCCAACACAAGUCUCAUCUCGAACACCCUCUCAUCCUUCUAUCCUCCCCGGCUUACGAAGAUGGGGACUUCACUUGCAACGCUUGUUUCCAAAAUGGCACUGCUUUUACCUACAAUUGCUCAACUUGCAAGUUUGAUCUCCAUGUUGGAUGCUCUUCCCUGCACGAAACUGUGAAACGUGAAGAUCAUGAACACCCUCUUACUCUUAUGUAUUCCUCCCCACACAAAAAGGUAAAUGAGGAUGAAAAUGAGGUGAUCUUCGUCUGUGAUGUAUGUCGAUGCACAGUUGAUGAACACUGCUGGGCGUACUGCUGUAAUUUAUGCGACUUUGGCACCCAUUUGCAUUGCGUGACAGCUGAAAUAAGCCAAGAAGAAGAAGCAGAAGUAGAGUCACUUUUUGCAGCUCAACUCCGAAUGCAAGCCGAGAUGCAAAGGCUUCAGCUGCAAAUGCAAAUGAGUCACCAGACUGCACAAUUGAUGGCCAGCAUUGGACAAAGUAUGUCCAACUUAGCUGGUUAAAUUUAUUCAUCUUGUUCUCCUCUGGGGUGGAAAUCAUGUUUGUGUUUGGUCUACUUUUGGCUGGAUUUAUGAUUUUGUUGCUCUGUCUUCCUUAUUUUAGUGAUGUUUUGCA